AUGCGCGCCACUACUAUUCUGACUGCCCUCUUCGCCGUUGCCGUCAACGCUGCCGCCCUGCCUGAUGAUUCUGAGGCUGCCGAUGUGCAUGUUGAUGUUGAUGCUCACGUUGGUACUAUCUCUACCGCUCUAGAGAAGCGCGGCAACUGCGACCACGGCUACUUUGACUGUGUCACAAGUCAGCAAAUAUUCUGCAACUUUCUCGGCAUUUGCGGUAGCGGUGUCCCUGCUAUCGCCUGCACACAGCAGUGCAUCCAGAGAAUCAAUGAAGACUGCCGUCGUUGGUGCAACUAA